UUUUUUUUUAAUCAAGUUGAGUAGGGAUUUUGUCAGUCCAGCCAGUAGAAAGGCAUUCUGACAAAAGAGAUGGCAAAGUACACAGUGUGGUAGAAGAUUGACAAGUGAGUUGCUUGUAGCUAGAAUAUACUUUUCGUGUGAUUAGCAAUGAUAGGAAAUUAAGCUGGAUCAGUGGGAAGCAAAUUGUGAGGUCAGUUUCUAAUUAUUACAGAAAUAAACUAAGAAGUUUGGAUAGUCUGUAAGGAACCAUUAGGGUUUUUAAUGAGAGUGGGAGGGAAUGACAUGAUAAGAUCUAUAUUUUUAAAGCUAAUAGUAGCAGUUAGAAGAGGAAUUACUAAAAUUUAUCUUAACGCACAGUUAUAUUUUGGCAUCUGAUCAUGAUCACAUAGGUUUUUUCUCUUUAUAGAUACUUAAGAUUUCUUCCUUCUUACCUGUCUUGACCAAUAUUGCUUUGAUGUCUUAAAUCUCCUCUAAGACCCAGAGCAAAUCUCAACUCUCUUGGAACAAUCUCUCCUCCCAAAUAAAUGCCACUUCUGAAUAUCGUGAUUCAAAAAAUCAAUCCUCAAUCCAUUCCUGGGCCUACAUCUUUUAGAUCUAAAAUAGCCUUUUAUUCUUAGAAAUAUUUUUAGUUUCAAAAGUCUGAGACCAUUUUCUUUGUAUAUCCUUAUCUUAAAAAGCAGGAAAAGGGACAUCCAGUCCCUUUUGUUAACCAGCCAGUUUUCUUCUAAAACUAUCCAAACUAAAGAAAGACUUAUACUUGAUAGGACAAAAAUGCUAAAAGGAUUUUAUCCGAAAGUGUGUGGUUAUGAGGAAUUCUUGAGGCUCAACUAUGCAAAGAAUGACUUUGAAGUGUCAUCAUCGUUGUAGAGGGUCAGUGUUUUUUCUCAGUAUCCACUUCCUUCAAUUUUAUACUACUUUAUAACAAAUACAUGAAUGAACUCAUCAUUUUUAAAUGUUUACUUUAAAACCCUGUGACACUUGUCAGGUCUGUCAUCUCUUCCACAGAUUUCCUUUUUUCUUUUCAUUUUUAAAUGUUUACUUUAAAACCCUGUGACAAUCAGUUCUGUCAUCUAUUUCCUUUUUUCUUCUCAACUUUCAUCUUUCAAAAUGAAAAUUAAUAUAUUUCCUAGCUAGUACCUCUGAAGAUGUUUUAAUUUGCCAACCCAUCCACCAGAACUCUUAUCUGGGAACCUUGUCUCUCUUAAAUAUGGCCAAGAACCAGGAAGAAAAUAAAAAGGACAUCCAGGCCUAUAAAAUAAAGGCCACAAAAGGCCAUGCACUAAAAUUCCUUUUCUUUGCUCCCUGGAGAAUCCUUUAGGAACUUACCAAGAACCUUUUGAAAUGCUAUCCUUUAAAGUUUAGUUUCUCAGCCCACAGCAGAAUAAUAGUGACUAGUUAGAGGAGGGGUAUGCUGCCAGAGUCAAGUAUGCCCAACAGCAAGAAGUGAUAGCUGACAACCUGACAGAACACAUGAGAAUAUAAAGUAUAUAUAAGACCUCAAAGAAAGCUAUGUAAGCCCAUAACAUAAGGAUCAGCCUUCUUGUACACCUUUAUAGCACCUGAAGACAUCACUGCAUUCAGUGUAAUAUAAAUGGUAUUUAUAGUUUAUUGUCCUGGAGACAUCAUAAAAGAUUUACUUGUAUGUUCACUAUAUUCUGUUAAAGAAGGCAGAAUAAUACAUGGUAGGCAUAUUUCCAUCCAAAGGGGUUAAAAUUAAAAUCUGCAGCCAUCUAGGAAUCUCAGCCAUCCUAAACUCUGCAUUCCCUGAGGGUUUCAUAUAUUCUGGAUGGUAAGUUCCCAUUUACUCCUAUGCUCUAAAUAAUUAUUAUGUCAGAACAAGUUUGACAGAUUAGUUUUCUAGGGUAUAGAUGCCCUCAGAGUUAAGUAUAAGUUUGAGCUUUAGAAAUUUCAGAGGCUUAAUGAUUUCAUCUUCUUGUACCUUUCUUGAAUGGAUUUUCCACUGUGUUCCUUUCAAUAGGUUUAUAGAUAUUUCUUUUUCCCUUAGAUUGGUCGGUCGACUGAAAGUCCCAUUGAUUUUGUGGUAACUGACACAGUUCCUGGAAGCCAAAGUAAUUCUGAUACACAGUCAGUGCAAAGCACUAUAUCAAGAUUUGCCUGUAGAAUCAUCUGUGAACGGAAUCCGCCCUUUACAGCACGGAUUUAUGCUGCAGGAUUUGACUCAUCAAAAAACAUCUUUCUUGGGGAGAAGGCUGCCAAGUGGAAGACAUCAGAUGGGCAGAUGGAUGGUUUGACCACUAAUGGCGUUCUUGUUAUGCAUCCACGCAAUGGGUUCACAGAAGACUCCAAGCCUGGAAUAUGGAGAGAAAUAUCAGUGUGUGGAAAUGUAUUCAGCCUGCGGGAAACCAGAUCAGCUCAGCAGAGAGGAAAAAUGGUGGAAAUUGAAACCAAUCAGUUACAAGAUGGCUCAUUAAUUGACCUCUGUGGUGCAACAUUGCUGUGGCGUACUGCAGAAGGCCUUUCCCACACUCCUACAGUGAAGCAUUUAGAAGCUUUAAGACAGGAAAUCAAUGCAGCACGACCUCAGUGCCCUGUAGGGUUCAACACACUAGCAUUUCCUAGUAUGAAGAGGAAAGAUGUUGUCGAUGAAAAACAACCAUGGGUGUAUCUAAACUGCGGCCAUGUACAUGGCUAUCAUAACUGGGGAAACAAAGAAGAACGUGAUGGAAAAGAUCGUGAAUGUCCCAUGUGUAGGUCUGUUGGUCCCUAUGUCCCUCUGUGGCUUGGAUGUGAAGCUGGAUUUUAUGUGGACGCCGGCCCUCCAACCCAUGCAUUCAGCCCAUGUGGGCAUGUGUGUUCAGAAAAGACAACUGCCUAUUGGUCCCAGAUCCCGCUUCCUCAUGGUACUCAUACUUUUCAUGCAGCCUGCCCCUUUUGUGCACAUCAGUUGGCUGGUGAACAAGGCUACAUCAGACUUAUUUUCCAAGGACCUCUAGAUUAACAGACAGUUGUCCUCCAGGACUAUAUUAUAAAAUUUAUAAGCUAAGUGAGUUGGGUUUUCCAACCUGUUGUCCAUGUCACAGUUUCUCUGCUCUGGUCAUUUGCAUUAAGAUGAAGAAUUUUUUUAAACAUUUAUAAUAAGUAGUAACAAUUUCUGAUCAAAAAAUCUGGGAAACUCAAGAAAAAGAAUUUCUGAAAGUACCAGACUUUGAAUUCUGAGUUUUGAAAAUAUAUUUUGAGGAUAAAAAGAUGCAAUCUAAUUUGUUGCCUUCCUUUUAGUGUUUUUGAAUCACCCAUCCUCAGUGUUGGAAAAUUGUUUUAUAUAACUGAGGGUACUGUUGGUUCAAACUAUGUUAGUUUACAGUUUGUUGCAAACAUUGUAAAAUACAGCAACAUGUAUAUUAACUUUUUUCUAUUUAUCUUUAUUAUAGAAAACAUCUUAGAAUGUUCUUGAUAGAGUAGCAUGGUAACGAUGGUGUCACACUUUCGGUGUGAAUGGUAGUUUAGCAAGCAUAGCUCAAGGAUUUACAAGCUUAGAAAGAAGGACAAGAGAGCCUCUCUCCCUGCCCCCUUCUAAAUAUGGAAUUUGGUAAAUUAAAAUACUUUGUAAAACCAAAUUCAUAUUAAUUAUUAUUGUGUAAGAGGUGUUUGUUUUUAACCACAUUGAAUAUAAUCAGGAAAGUUUUUUCUUAAUGUUUCUCUCAAGUGUAGUAUAUAACAAAAACUUAAUGCUAAGAAACAUUUUAUAUGCUCCUUUGAAUAUGCAAUUUAAUCUAGAUUAUCUAUUUUUCUCCCAUGAUAACUAAUCUGUUUUUAGUAUCAGCAACAUUUGGCAAGUUUAUUUUUUAGAUAUAAACUGUGGUUCAUCUGUUCACUGUUUCUAGAAAAAAAAAUCAUUCUCAUGAGAAAAAGCAUAAAUUAACAAGGAGGAGAGUGACUUGAUUUGCUUUUAGAAAAAGAAAUACUUAAUUGAUUAUUCUGUUUGUGGUCUUAUCCAGGCAUUAAGAAAUGUAGAGAGAUAUAAAGGGUUCAAUGACAGUAGUGCCCCCCCCCUUUUUUUUAACCUAGCAGACCAGCCUUAACUUUGUGGGCUUUGAAUCCUAAGGAGAGUUGCCACCAUGUGACUCAAGGAAAUGUUUGGUUGGCAGAUGAGCACCAGUGACAGCUGAGUAGGGGAACAUACUUGCAUGGUAUGUUUAUUCUCUAAUUCCAGUAAGUUCUUUGCUUAAAGAAGCAAGAAGACGUUUCUUCACUCCCUCCCCUCCCCUUUUUUUAAUGCACCACAAAGGAAGUAUAGACAGUUGCACUACAUCAAACCCUUUGUGACACUUGUAGAAAUCAGUACACUUUUAGAUUAGACAGAAUCUUUUUUUUUUUAAUCUUUUGAUUUGUUUUUCCUUCAGUUCGCAAGUUGUGUAAUAAUUGACUCUAGCAAAUUUUCGUAUGUGGUAGUAUAGCUUUAAUUUAUCAUAACUAUUACUAUACUGUUCUGAAUUUUCUUUUGGUUUAAAAAAAAAAAAAAACUGUUGCUUAGAAGCCAUGAACUAUUUUACUUUAAUUCAACUUGUCAAAAUUUCCUUGUUUUUAAAAAUGGUCAUUUGGGUUCACUCAGGAAAUGCAUGUCAGGAAACUUGUAUUAUAAGUUUACUAGUUGUGAUGUAUCGUAACUGCUGUUACCCCCUUUUCAAAGAAAUGUAAUUGAUUUUGAAGUUUUCUAGAUAGUCACAUGCUUUGUGACUAAUGCAAGGAAAUCAAGUCCAGUGUUGUAUUUGUUCUAGUCAUUUCUAUUCAGGCUAUAUAUUGUAGCUAAUUUUUAUUUGCAAUUAAUUUAUUCAAACUAAGUAAAUACUUUUCAAAAUAGA